UGAUGGCUGUGAAAACCGAAGCCUUGUCUGCUGCUGUUUGUUAGCUUACAUCAUAGGAGGCUGGCAAUCCAUUGGAACUUGCCGUGUUACUAGCAUGGGCAUGAGAUGGCAGCUGUACGAUCCCGACUUUUACACAGAUGUUAUCUUUGGGUUUGAACAUGAGGAAGAUGAAUCUGAUGAGGAAAUUUUCAUAUGUAGAUGUUCUGGUCGUGGGAAAUCAAAUGAGGAACGCUGGAUACCACGAAUGCCUUGUAUUAAACCUAUUUAUGAGGUACAAAACAUACCUAUAACUUCAAAUGAACCAACUGUGAGAAAGAAAGGAAAGGGUAGAGGGAGAAUGUUGAAAGAAAAAGCUGAUGCCCUGCCUGCUUUUAUAGGAUCUGGGGUUGGCUGCAGAGACCAGAUAACAACCGACGUACACAGACCAAGACGUGAGCCUAUAUUUCUAAAUAACAGUUCAUUUGUGGACAAAGCAGACUUUGCGGUCAAAAGACCAAACCCUUUUGCUUCUUUGUCAAAACAAGUGACUUCUCUUGCACCUCCUAGUUCGGAAACAUUUGAGGAGGACUUUCCAUCGCUGUCCUCAUCAGCAUCUUCACCAUAUACAGCACGAAACCGAAGACAUGCUGAUGUGGAGCACAGCAUAUCAGAAACUGACAGCAGAUCGCCUAGUUUAGAGGAUCUCAAUGAUUUGGCACUGGUUUUCAAAGAUUCUGCUUCAGUUACCUGUAGCUCAGUAUCCUCAGGCACCAGGGACUCCUCACCAGAAAAAGCUGUUUUAUCUAAAUCUACAUCAUGUAGAACUACCACAUCAAGUGAUGAGGCAGUGUAUGCAAGUGAUAGUGAAUCCAGCUACAGUGGAUCCAGUGACACAACAGCAUCAGAAAACCCCUGGAGCAUAACACAGGGCAAUGUUGUCCAGCUUGACGGUCUACCAAAAGGGUGUGAUUUAUCCACCUUAGAAGAAUUGAUAGCCCAAUAUGGCACCAUCCAACAAACGCAGAUCCUUGAAUAUGAAGCCUCAGUUGCAGUAAGAUUUAGGUUACACUCUGAAGAUGCUUGUGAUUGGGUGGUUUCCUGUUUAGACGGUACUGAUUGUCUUUUUCCAGAAUCUAAUCGCACCUUGAAUUGCUACAAGGUUGGAUGGCAUUAAGAAGACUUUUCUGUCUAUGCUGUUAUUUACAUCCCUGGCUGGCCAACUCAACAUACCACGUACUUCUAGAAGUUUUCAUGUAAUUUAAAAUCUGACUUUAAGUCUAGUUGGAAUGGAAAUGGUGAUGUGUUAAGCAUUUAGGUUCUUUAAUCCUAUUAUAUGUUAUAUUUAGGUUGUUAUUUUGUAAUAUACAACUUAUUACCACAUAUCUCUUGAAUCUUGUUAUAGUAAUACAAGCAAUUUUCAGACCAUGAAAUACAACGUUCUGUAUUGCACAUGUGCAAUACGGAAUGUUGUAUUUACCUACUAGCCAGAACUACUUUUUAUGGGAAUCCUCUUGUCAUGGCGAACUGAAAAGUUCCCAGUAUUUGCAAAAAAUAUCAAAGUUUAUAAAAUCUUUGUAACGAUUAGGCUCCGUGCACUCAUGAAUAUAUUCGUCUGCGCAAUAAACUUGUGCUUUCUGAUUCGUUAGAAAAACACAAGUGUGUGAUCUUGCAUAUUUAUCAUUUGCUGUCUAUUAUAUAAGUCAUGUGAUUUCAUUGUUUAUUGUAACUUUUUAAAUGGCAUGAAGGUCUGAAACAUGAACCUAAAUGUUCAGGUCUCUUUAUAUCAAAUUUUAAAGCUUUAUACACAAUCAAUGUUUGAAGACCAACUGGUGCCUUUGUCAAGCUAUAACUAAGUAGGGGAUUUUUACAAUUCUGUACAAUGAUGUGACAAAAGUGUUAACUUUGUUACUAGCUUGAUGUACCUAAUAGGUUACUGCUUGGGUGUAGGUAUAGCUCACUCUCUUGUUUAAGGUCAGUAGUGAGUGUAGAUCUAGCCCCCUCUCUUGUUUAAGGGCAGUAGUGGGUGUAGAUUUAGCCCCCUCUCUUGUUUAGGGUCAGAAGUGGGUGUAGAUCUAGCCCUCUCUCUUGUUUAAGGUCAGCAGUGGGUGUAGAUCUAGCCCUCUCUCUUGUUUAAGGUCAGUAGUGGUCGUACAUCUAGC